AUGUUGCGGCUGCUGGUGGCCAGCGCCCACAUCCCCGGGGCCACCGGCUCCGGGCCCGGCGUGCACGUGUCCGCCCGCUUCAGAGGUGUCCCCAGGAGCACCCGGGUGGUGCCGGAGGAGCGCAACCCCACCUGGAACGAGACGCUGGCAUGGCCACUGGGCUUGCGUCCCCUGCACCCCACAGCCAGCCUGACCCUGCGCCUCCGGCACUGGGGACAGCCGGCGCCACGGGGGGACCUGGGUGCCACCACGGUGUCACUGGACCGCUUGGUGGCCGACCCCGGGCUGCCGCUGGCCCUCAGCCAUGUCCCGCUGCUGGACCCUCGGGGACAGCCCACGGGGUGCACCGUCACCCUCCGCUGCUCCUAUGUCCCCCGUGGCACGGCUGGGGACACCACAGUCCCCUUGCAAGGAUGGGUGCCACCGCGGGCGAUGUCACCGGGGCCACCCCACCACCCCGACAAGCCCCCAGAGGGGAGCAAAGAGGAUUUCCAGGUACGGGUGAGGGUCAUCGAAGGCCACCAGCUCCAGGGCAAUGACAUCAAGCCGGUGGUGACGGUCCUCAUCGGCCAGCACCGCUUCAGGACCAGGAUCCGGGUGGGAAACAACCCCUACUACAAUGAGGUGUUUUGCCAAAAUUUCCACCGGACGCCCGCCCGGUUGGCAGCGGAGCCCAUCCGCAUCCAGGUGCUGGACUCGCGGGCCACCCGCGCCAAAGCCGUCAUCGGCGUCUUCCAGGUGAGGCCGGUGGCGCGGGGACGGGGCAUCCCGCGGCGGUUCGGCCGCUCUCACCCCGGUUUUCCAUCCCCGCAGCUGGACGUUGGCACCGUCUACCGCGCUCCGGGACGCAGCUUGAGCUGGAAGUGGCUGAGCCUGCAGCAUCCCCACCGCCCCGACGCCGGCUCCCGCGGGUACCUCCGCGUCAGCAUGGCCGUCCUCCGCGCCGGCGAGCCGCCCGCGGAGCAGGAGGAGCCGGCGGGGGACGUGGACGUGGAGGCCAACCUGCUGCGGCCACCGCCGUGCGCCGCCACGCUCCAGCUGCGCGUCUACCGCGCUGAGGACUUGCCACAGGAGCCGGCUCAGCAAUGUCUCCCCACCGUCGGCGGCGGCAAGAGGGGCUUCGCGGCGGCGGCGGUGCGGGUCAGCUUUGCCGGCAGGACGCUCUGCACCCGGGUGAUGCCCCCCGACGCCAACCCGGCGUGGAACGAGGUCUUCUUCUUCCCCCUGAGGCUGCCCCCCAUCUGCGAGGAGAUCCAGUUGGCCAUCCUCAGCGGGUUCCGCAGCAGCAGGGUCCUGGCCACCGCCACCCUCCACCUCUCCCAAAUCUCCUCCGCCGGCGCCGAGCUUGAGGAGGGGACCCCCGGCUUCUUACCCUGCUUCGGACCCAGCUUCCUCCCCUUCUACGGCCCCCGGCCGGAUUCUCCCAGGACACCCAGUAACGUGGCUUAUCGGGGUCGGGUGCUGCUGGAGCUCAGCACCCACAUGGGGAGCCCGGACGGACGCCAGCGAGACACCAUCGCCCCCGAGGACGUCGCCCGGGUGCAGCGCCACUUGCCCCGUCACCGCUUCGGGUUGUGCGGCCUCUUUUAUUCGGCCACCAUGGUGCCAGCCGGCCCCGAGCUCCUGCGCUUCGAGCUCAGCCUCGGCAAUUACGGGGACGCGGGCGAUGUCACCUGCAAGCCAGCCGCCUCCGUCACCCCGCACGGGUGUCCCCUCUUCGACGGCAACCGCUAUCACUACCUGCCGUGGUACGGUGACAAGCCGGUGGCGGCCGUCACCUCGUCCUGGGAGGACGCCAGUCACCGCUGGGAUGCCCUCAACCUCCUGCGUGCCCUGUGCCGGCGGUUGGAGAAGAACGUGGCGGAGCUGCGGGACGCCCGUGGGGACGCCGUAGGGGACAUCGGCAGGAGGCUGCUGCGCCAGCUGGCCCAGGACUGCGGGCGGGCUCUGCCCCGGCUGGAGGCGCAGCCCACCCCCACGCCGCUGGACGCCCACCUCCGGGCCUCCCGGCUUCACCUCCUGCGGCACGUGGCGACGGCGGCGGCGGUGCCACCGAGAGGUGGCUGGGACACCUUGCUGCCGGUGGCCCAGGGCUGGCUGGGACGUGUGGCCGCCCUGGCUGUGGAGCCGCAGGCCGGCGUGCCCGACGUAGUGCUGUGGCUACUGCGGGGGGAACGGCGGGUGGCCUGCGCCCGUGUCCCCGCGCCCGACCUCAUGUUCUCCCGGGGCGGCCCCGGCGCCUGCGGCAGGCUCUGCGGCCGGCUCCAGACCCUCUUCCUGCUGGUAGGCAUCCCACCUCCCUUCCCCGUCACCUCUGGCUCCGGGGACAUCCGUGCCCAGCUCCGCCUGCGGCUGUGGCUGGGACGAGUGGCCGACAGCGGGGACCUGCCACGGCACCUCGAGGGCACCCUGCGCGUCUACGCCGAGACGUAUGAAAACCAGACCAAGCUACUGGGCAAGUGGGGUCCCCGGGGGCUGCUGGGGUGCCCCGGUUUCUCCGACAGCUCCGGCAAAGCGGGGGUCCCCCGCCACCGCAUCCGGCCCCCCAAGGGCUGGCGCUGGGACGGAGCCUGGACCGUGGAGCCCCAGCGGCGGCUGCUGCUGGACGCGGAGACCAACGUGGGCGAGGUGCUGGAAGAGGUGUAUGAGAACGAGAGCCGGCGGCUCGGCGGGGAGUGGGGACCCGCCGCCGUGGCCACCACCGAUGCCAGCGGCGCGGCGGUGCCACCCAAGGAGGAGGUGGCAUGUCCCCAAGGUUGGCACGUCACCGACGGCUGGCGGGUGGACGCGACGGGGGCCGUGGAUGAGGCUGGUUGGGAGUACGGGGUGAGCGCGGCCCCCGGCAGCCCCCCGCUGUCAUGGCACGCUGCCGAGAAGACGUACCACACGCACCGGCGCCGGCGCUGGCUGCGCACCCGCCGCAGGGACCCCGGCGCCCAGGGACGGGAGCAGGACGUGGCCACCUUCCUCCGGCUGGAUGGGGCGCACAGCCCCGUGGCGGCGACGGGGGCCGAGGGCUGGGAGUACGGGUCCCUCUGGGGGUCCCGCUUCCACCUCCAGCCCCGGGUGGGUGACGUGUGCCGGCGGCGCUGCUGGCACCGCAGCAUGGUCCCCGCGCAGCCCCCGCCCGUGGCACCCCUCUUCCUCCUGGAGGGAAUCCCGGGCGCGGAGGACCCGGCCAAGGAGGACGAGCCGGCUGCGGCAGAACGGCAGGCGCGGGGCUUGUGCCGGGCCCCCCCGCAGCAGCCCAUGCCCCUCAUCCUCUGCACCUUCCAGCGACCCAACUUCUUCCAGCUCCGCUGCUACAUCUUCCAGGCGCUGGAGCUGGCACCCCGCGGCACCAAGGCCACCGCAGACCCCGUCGCCCACGUCUCCUUCGUGCACGUCAGCCAGAGCACCCGGGUGCUGCCCGGCACCCUGGACCCGCUCUGGGACCAGACCCUGCUUUUUCACCGGGUGCUGCUCUACGGGGACCCCCGGGGGGUCCGGGAUGAGCCCCCCAUCGUGGCGGUGGAGAUCUUCGACCAGGACAGAAGGGGGGCCGGUGCUUUCCUGGGGAGGACUGUGUGCACCCCACAUGUUUGGCUGGACGUGAGGCGCCGGCAGCCCCCCAGGCUUCGGCGUUACCCACUGGGAGGGCCGGGGGGGCCGGCCGGGGAGCUGCUGGCUGCCUUCGAGCUGCUGCACGUCGCCGAGGAUGGGGCCCCGGCGCAGGUCAGCACCCCGCCAUGGAGGGAGGGGGUCUUCAGCGUCCCCCCGGGUAUCCGGCCACUCCUGCGGCUGGUGGCACUGGAGGUGCUGGCGUGGGGGCUGCGGGGGCUGCGGGGCGGCGUGCGGGCGCCCAGCCUGGAGGUGCAGUGCGGGGGCCGGACCCUGCGGACCCCCCCCAUCACCGACCUCCCCGCCAACCCCAAUUUCCCCAUCAACGCCUUCCUGCUGACGCUGCACCUGCCGGCGGAGGAGGAGUACGUGCCCCCCAUCCGACUGCGGGUGCUGGACACGCGGGGUUUCGGGUACCGGCCGGUGGUGGGGCAGGCCUGCGUGCGGGACCUGGGGCAGUACUGCUGCCAGCCCCACGGCGAGGGGCAGCCCCACGGCUCCGGAACCACCCCAUCUGGCUCUGGCAGGACGCCAUCCCUGCCCCAUGCUGCCCACCUCCGGGGGGGUUUCUUUGCCCCUCUCCUCCCCACAGCCGCUCCCUGGGGCAGGAUAGCUCAGAUGCUGCCCAGGAUCACCGCAGAGAAGGAGACUGCGGACAAGGCUGCGGAGGAGGAAGAUGAGGAUGAGGUCGACUGGUGGAGCAAAUACUAUGCGGCCAUGGGGGACAAGGCACAGAGCCGGCGGAGGAACGACAGGGACGAACUGAAGAUCUACAGCUGCGAGCUGGAGGCGGCGCCCGAAUUCGAGGGGCUGCAGGAUUUCUGCCAGACCUUCCCCCUCCACCAACCGGGGGGGGGUCCCCCCGUGGCGGGGGAGGACCCCCUGCCCGUGGGCGAGUUCAAGGGGCUUUUCUGUAUCUACCCCCUGCCCGAAGACCCCGGGGUGCCCCCGCCACCGCGUCGCUUCCAGCAGCUGCCCCCCAGCCAGCCCCAAAAGUGCCUGGUGCGGGUCUACGUCGUCCGGGCCUUCGACUUGCCCCCCCGCGACAGGAACGGGCUGUGUGACCCCUAUGUCCACGUCUCGCUGGGGACGAAGACGCUGGGCCAGCGGGACCAGUACGUGCCCAACACCCUGGAGCCCGUUUUUGGCAGGCUGUUCGAGGUGACGGGCACCAUCCCGCUGGAGAAGGACCUGCGGGUCUCGCUGCUGGACUACGACCUGCUGCCACCCGACCAGGAGAUCGGCACCACCACCAUCGACCUGGAGAACCGCCUGCUCUCCCGCUUCCGCGCCCACUGCGGGCUGCCCACCCGCUACCGCACCGCCGGCCCUGGGUGUUGGCGGGACCAGUUGCCCCCCAGCCGGGCGCUGGAGCAUUUCGCCCGCGACCGGGGGCUGCCGGCACCCGAGUUCAGCGCCGAGGGCACCGCCGUCACCUUCGGGGACAACACCUUCCUCCUCAGCCACUUCGAGAGCGGCCCCCCCACGUACCGGCACCCCGGGCCCCCCCGUGAGCGCUUGGCCCUGCACGUGCUCCACGCCUGUCACCUCGUCCCCGAGCACCUGGAGACCCGCACCCUCUACAACAGCACCCAGCCCGGGCUGGAGCAGGGCAAGGUGCAGAUGUGGGUGGACAUCUUCCCCGCCAGCCUGGGGCCCCCCGGCCCCCCCGUCAACAUCACCCCCCGCCAGCCCCAGAGGUACGAGCUGCGCUGCGUGGUCUGGAACACGCGGGACGUGGACCCGGGGGACACCAACCUGCUGGGGCAGCAGAUGAGCGACAUCUACGUCACCGGGUGGCUGGACGGGCUGGAGGAGCAGCGGCAGAGGACGGACGUACAUUACCGCUCGCUGCAGGGGGACGGGGCCUUCAACUGGCGCUUCGUCUUCUCCUUCGAGUACCUGGCGGCCGAGCAGCUCUGCGUCCUGCCCCGGAAGGAGCAUUUCUGGAGCCUGGAUGAGACGGUGCUGAAGGUGCCCCCCAAGCUCAUCCUCCAAGUGUGGGACAACGACAAGUUUUCGGCCGAUGAUUUUCUGGGUGUCCUGGAGCUGGAGCUCACCAAGCUGCCGCAGCCAGCCCAGCGCCCCCAGGCCUGCACCCCGACGCCGCAGGGGACCCCCCGAAAGCCCUGGCCAUGGCGGGGGGCGCAGGUCCCCUCCCGCCUCUCCCUUUUCCGGCAGAGAUGGGUGAGGGGGUGGUGGCCCUGCACGGUGCAGGAGGGGGACAAGCGGCGGCUCUCGGGUAAACUGGAGCUGAGCCUGGAGCUGCUGACGGCAAAGGAGGCGGAAGAGCGGCCGGCAGGGAAAGGCCGGGGGGAUCCCAACACGUACCCGACGCUCCCGGCGCCUGUGCGGCCGGAAUGGUCCUUCCUGUGGCUGCAGGCGCCGCUGCGCGUCCUGCGCCACGGCCUAUGGCGGCACCACCGCUGCCGCCUCAGCCUGGGGCUGGCCCUGCUGCUGCUCCUCGCCCUGCUCUUCACCUUCGUCUACGCCGCCCCGGGUUAUUUGGCCAUGAAGCUGGUGAACCCGCUCGAGGGCUUGCGCCGUGCCAGGGGCGAGCAUCCCGCCGGCAGCGGGGGCCAGCCCUGA